GUCAAUGAAUCGAGACCUUUUGAACAGCACACACCCUAAACGUAAAAUGCAGGAAGAAAGCGGACACCUUCUGUUGCAGCUGUCAAGACGAGAACACUCCAAAAUCUGAGAAAUACCCUUUACAGCUCUAAAGAAUUGUUCCUGUUGUCGAUUUCACUUAAUGGCAAUCUGAAUAGGCUUUCUAUUUCUCUAUCUAAACAGACGACUCUACUACUAGUUGCACUGGAUAUGAAGGCAUAAGGACAGAUUUACCAAGCUUUCCAUGGGCGCAAACAGUUCAAAAGUGAUGUCUUCACUAUCUUCCAUGACAGCAGGUUUAUAAAAGGGAAUUCUGAUAUUGGAAACAUGGUCUGUAAAUCGCUUCUCGGUUUUGGGAAACAGCUCCUUCGCAUCAAAGUGGUAGACUGCAAUGCUGAGGAGAGCCGCCUGUCCAGAUGCCUGAACACAUUUGAUCUCAUUGCCCUUGGGGUUGGCAGCACCCUGGGAGCAGGUGUCUAUGUCCUAGCUGGAGCCGUGGCCAGAGAGAACGCAGGGCCUGCCAUCGUCCUGUGCUUUCUGAUUGCUGCCCUGGCCUCAGUCCUGGCCGGCCUCUGCUAUGCAGAGUUUGGCGCUAGGGUACCAAAGACUGGAUCUGCCUACCUCUACAGCUACGUGACUGUCGGAGAACUCUGGGCUUUCAUCACUGGCUGGAAUCUGAUUCUGGCCUAUGUGAUAGGUACAUCGAGUGUAGCUCGAGCGUGGAGUGCUACCUUUGAUGAGCUCAUCGGCAAACACAUCGAACAGUUCUUCCGGGUACACAUGCCAAUGAAGGCCCCUGGAAUCUUAGCAGACUACCCUGACAUAUUUGCUGUAUUCAUUAUCCUUGUUUUAACAGGGCUUUUAGCUUUCGGUGUGAAAGAGUCUGCCAUGGUGAAUAAAGUCUUCACCUGCAUCAAUGUCCUGGUUCUGCUUUUUGUGGUUGUGUCCGGGCUAGUGAAGGGAACUAUAAAGAACUGGCAGUUGACUGAAGAGGAAAUGAUCAAUGGAACCAACAUUUCAACUUUUAAUCUUACAGAGGAAGAGUCUCAGGUGUGGAAGUAUGGAGCUGGUGGGUUCAUGCCCUUUGGUUUUUCAGGAGUCCUCUCAGGAGCAGCCACCUGCUUUUAUGCCUUUGUAGGAUUUGACUGCAUUGCUACCACAGGGGAGGAAGUAAAGAAUCCCCAGAGAGCCAUUCCGAUCGGGAUUGUGGCCUCCCUCCUGAUCUGCUUUAUUGCCUACUUUGGUGUAUCGGCUGCCCUGACGUUAAUGAUGCCCUACUAUAUGCUAGAUAAGAACAGCCCCCUGCCUGUGGCCUUCAAGUAUGUGGGCUGGGAAGGAGCCACAUACGCAGUGGCUGUUGGUUCACUUUGUGCCCUCUCAACCAGCCUUCUUGGUGCCAUGUUCCCAAUGCCUAGAGUGAUUUGGGCUAUGGCAGAGGAUGGGUUGCUCUUCAGAUUUUUGGCUAAAGUCAGCCAAAGAACCAAAACACCCUUAAUUGCUACAUUAACUUCAGGGGCCACUGCAGCUAUCAUGGCGUUCCUCUUUGACCUGAAGGAUCUGGUGGAUCUCAUGUCUAUCGGCACUCUGCUUGCCUACACGCUGGUAGCAGCCUGUGUUUUAGUGCUUAGAUACCAGCCUGAUCAACCCAGUCUGGCAUACCAAAUGGCAAACACAACAGAUGAGAGUGAACUGAACGAAUCUGUGAGCAACAGUGAUUCCCAACUUGGGUUUCUACCUGAGGAAGAUGAGAAAUGUACUCUGAAGACCUUGCUGUUUCCCAAGAACCAUAAUCCUAGCAGACUGUCAGGGUUUGCAGUUAACAUCUGCGCCAGUGCCCUUGGAGUCCUUAUCUUUACUUUCUGCCUCAUAACUGUCCUUGGCGGAGCAGCCACUUGGUCUAUAGUGUGUCUUGUAUUGCUGGCUUUCUCAAUUGCUGGCAUCACUGCUAUAAUCUGGAGACAACCAAAAAACAAAACCAAGCUGUCCUUCAAGGUACCGCUGCUGCCUUUCCUCCCAGUAUUCAGCAUGUUUGUAAACGUAUACCUCAUGGUGCAGUUGGGCAAGGGUACAUGGAUACGAUUUGCUAUUUGGAUGGUACUCGGCUUCGGUAUCUACUUUGGAUAUGGAAUCAGACAUAGCACAGAGGCUGUGUUGGCUCAGUCAGGCACAGAGGUCGCGAGGAAUGGAUACAAACAAACCCAAGUGUUCAAUAGUGACACAAUGGCACCCGAAAAGGAAGCAUUUCUGGAUGAUGAAGAAUCAGAUGCAAGGAAUCCAUGGAACGCGGAGGAAGGUGACCCCUAAAGACAGAGACAACGUCAACAACGUCACAGACACCUCCACGCCCGGCCUCUGCUCUAGCAGAUUUUGACAUUGAGGAAGAAAAAGGGAACACAGGAAAAUAAAUCCUGCCAGCCAAUCCUCACUGACAACCACGGGGAUAAAUCAUGCUGUAUUGUUUGCAAACUUAUGUGUGCCAAUGGCUCUUUCAAUGCUGCUAUACUUGGAUACAAUCCUGAACUUCAAAGAUUUACAGCGUAUACAACUUUUGGCCAGUGCUGUUUAAAAAACCUGUUCCUUUUUGUUUGACCAGAAGAGCACUUAAGAAUAUCUAAUUUUUCUAUACAAGAAUCCACUGAGGCCUACCAAAGGAAGCUCUUAUGUUUAUUAACAAGGGCUAACUCGUGUGCAGCAGCUAUUUCUUUUUAUUUGAUGUUGGCUGUAUUGUCCAGCUUGUUACGAGCACAAAUAAUGUAUCUAAUGUAGUUUUUGUUUAACCGAUUGACUUGGUGGUUAAUAGCGGUCUGGUAGGUGUGUUUCUUAAAAUAUUAUUGCAACUCUAAGGCUGAAUUUAGAGGGCUGACAGGGUUCACUUUUUAAAAUGAGGGUCUGGGCCCCGCCAACAUUUUGGUAGACAGUUACUUACACUGGACAGUAAAUGUGUUCUGUAAGUUAGAUUUAGUCUUUACUUACUAAUAUAACGUUUGUAUUUCAAUGGAGAUUCAAACGAUUCACACUGCAUACAUGAUAUUGUACAAAUAUCCACAAGCCAUAUAAUAAGUUUAACUUAAUAGUAAGGAAUCAAAAGCAACAUAUUAUAAACACUGAAACAUCAAACAAAAUAAGCAUAAGCCAAAUACAUUUGUAAUCAUAUUAUAUACAGUCUAACUUCACUAUAACGAAACCCUUCUUGUAAUGAACCACCUUUUUUAAUGAUCCAAGCAGUAAGAAUGUUUUUUUUUUUUUCAAUGGAAAUUAGCCCUAUUAGAACGAUCACUUUUACAAAAUCUACCGGAUAAAAACGAUCUUGGUAGUGAAUGACACUGAACUUUCUCCAGUGUGAAUGUGUUAUUCUCUCAGUGAAAACAAAGACCUUGGUAGGCUAAUUCGAAGAUAAAGGUGUUCAUAGAUAACAUAUUGUACUGCGAAUCAUGUGUGACGUAUGCAACUGUUGCCAUCUUCACACAAACUGCAACCAUGGCAACAGGCAUGACACGGUAACAAGAUUGAAACAGCUGCAUUGAGAAAAGCACAAAAAAUGUGAAGCAAUCUAUGCUGGAUAUGUUUUCUUUUAAAUAUACAGUUUAAAUGUGAAGUUGUCUUGAACGAACUACUGUAUAAAGAUGUUCAAUUCAAUGUGGGCGUUUCUUCAUUAUUCUGAUACAGCAAAUUGCCAAACCCUAUUAUAGUGAACAACCUGAUAUAAUGAACAUUUCUGCAGGUUGCAGGGGGGGUCAUUAUAAUGAGUUAGACUGUACUACAUAUGGAACUUAUUUUUAUAAGCUUUUACUAUGAAUCCUUAACUCUUUUCUGGUGGACAAUAUGUAUGUAUUAAGUUUUAACUUUUUUAUUUUAUAAACAUUUCCCAAGGUUUUUGAAGAUUUAUAUGUAAAAAUAAUUUUUUUUAAAAAAUCCCAAACAAACAACAACACCACAUAGCUGUUUUUUUAAAAACCUGCCCAAAUUCACUGACUACAUUUCUGGUAAUUGUUUUAUUUAUGUAUUCAUUAUUUUACAAUGUAGUGAACAGUGGGACUUUAGUACAGUACAAAACAUUACUGUAUAUACAAAAAAUAAGACAUGCUGACUUAUUUUUGUAUUUUGUGGCUCUUAGUGCAUGUCUCUAGUAAACGAGAUCCAAGGAAACAAAAUAUUUUAUCACUCAAAGCACAUACUUGAUAGUUACAGUAGAUUGAACUGAUUUUGUGGAGAUGCUUUUUACUGUCGUCACGCAGUACUUCAAGCAUUCACAAACGUUUUGUGAUCUUGCCUGCCAGAAGAACGUUCAUAUGGCAGUGCACACAAACGUGUGCCUAUAUGUAUGUAUGUGUGUGUGUGAGGGGAGGGGGGGAUGCUGUGACCUUUUCCAUACUCAUCUCUGAAUGAUUUGGCUAAUUCAGCUAUGUUUGCUGUACAGUAGCUACCCUUAUAAAAGCAUAGCAAAGUGUAGUAAAGCAUAAGUAAGCAUUGUAAGCACAGGGCAAUCCACGGUUCACUGUGCACCAGUGACCCCUGUGGCUGAUAGGGCGCCUGCAGGUCUGCAGUGGAGCCAUCAGAUCUGUGUAGUCCUCCGGCACUAUGGGUCUGAUGGCUUCGCUGCGGAUCCGCAGUGCGAAAAAAGACGUACACGUUUCGGAAGACACGUGUGUCAGCCUCUGUUUCCCCGAGUCACCGGGGGGUUGCAGCGGUGAACUGGGAUUAAUAAUAACACCAUUGACAAUUCUAAAUUGGGGAAAAAAAAUGUGGUAAAAAUCAUUGGCUACGACUAAAUAAAAAAAAACUAAGCUUGUAGAAUUUAGAACACUAGUAUGGCCAUUUGCAGUGCCCUAUUCUUCUUAUGUCUAUCAGGCACUUAUGGGACUUAAUUAGCUCACCUGUUGGACCUCCAGAAAUGAUGGUACCUAUAGCCCUCCAAUCCAUACUUCUAUUCAACUGGAAAAUAACUAAGAAACAAACAUGUUUAGAUAAGAAUGUGCAUACAUUUGACAAAUAUAGCCCAGUGUUAACUGUAACAUUUCUUUGUGCACCUGUACAACCAGUACAUUUAUUUUUAGGGAAAGUCAAAAUGAAACCACAUGUCUUAUGUUUAUUAUGAUACUCGGCCCUUACAUUUGCUGACAUACAGUAUAUUUACACAGAGAUCUUGUAUACUGUUCUAACUUUCUUUGAGGUUUACUGAUCAAUCAGCUGAAUUCAUGAAGUUUAAAAAACAAAACUAACAUACAGAGCUGUAUAUUUUACUGCCUGUUACCAGAGUCUCUAUGAUAUGCCCCUUCUGACUGGAAAAGUGAUUUGGUAAAAAUUGCCUUUAACUGUGUUGCACUGGGAUAAUAGCUGUACAUUUCAUAUACUGAUUUGGAAGAUGCAGUGUGGUAGUUUUAUAUGAAGCAAUAUAUUUAGAAAAAGUAUUCACUGAUGCCUUCGUGUGAAGGAAAUGCUUUUCUACUUCACUGAGCUUCUUACAGUGUAACACAAGAGUUUAUAAUUGAGUGAUCAAAUAUAUGGAUGGAUCGUAGGGCUUGCUGACUUAAUUGUGCCUGAAUGUGUGAGCACAACCUGCUGUAUGCUGUGAAUGUGCUUUACUGCAUUAUAGUACUUUAGAAAUGUAUAAAUGUGCUUUACUCUUUUGUACACCAUUGAUGUUGAGUAGAAACUAUUAACCCUUAGAUCCCAGUGUAACUCUUAUUUAUGUUAGAUUUUAAUGGAUGUGGAUUUUCUUUUCAGUUUUUAGUGGUUUAUUCCCUUGUCACUGAUUCCCUCAACUAUGGGUUUCUCUGGUCUCCAUUGAGAGUCCAUCCACAUUAUUUACCUGCUGUCCUCUUGACCUGGCCAAUCUGAAACAGGCUACACACACACUUGAAACACGAAUCCAACCUAGGGAUAAAACCCCUGUGUCAGGUCUCCCUGAUUCUAUAAAACAUACAGUAGCCACGGUUACCUUGUUUUUUGUUUCAACCUGGUUCAUAUAAGAUUGCAAUAUUUACCGCAAAAUGGUAUGAGAGGAUGUGAAUUGUUUUAUGAUUAUUGAUUAUUAACACAUCAAAUAUUUAGGUCUUGUUUGAAACUUAAACAUGGACCAUUUGGACCAGAACUACAGUUGAGAAUCACCUUGCAUUUAAGAUGAUGUCAUUUGUUUCUGUGAAAUAACAAACAAUUACAAUCCACAGUCAGCAGGUAGAACCAUGUACUAUAUAAAAAAAAAUAGGAUGAAAU